UAAACAUUAUAUCUGUGGCAUCAUUUAACUAUCUGUUGUCAUAUCUGUCAGUGUCACUACAAACUCCAGCUGUCUCUUUAAAACUUAUGCGUGUUGUACAAUACUACUAAAACAAAUCGAACUCUCCUAACCAAAUAUUAAAAAAACUGUAACUUUUAUACUAAUACCUUGGUUAUAUACUCUUUAUUUGAUACGAAUUUACUUUUAACCGAAUUACAUGUGUAAAUAAAAUUUCCUUUGAAUGAAUUUUCCUUACAAUAUGGAAAAUCUCGAAAGGAAACCAAAAAAGAAACCAACAAAGAUAGAAGAAUUAACGAAGGAGCAAAUACGACAAGCUAUUAUUAAAAAACGCGAGUGUAACGCAAAAGCCCAACAAAUCGUCGAGAGUUUGCUUGAAAAAGAAAUCACGGAAGCCUAUUUUAUGCAAUGCUUGUCGGAUAUAAACCAAAGCCAUUUCGAGGAUGUGAUUGAAGAGCGAGCAAUCAUACACAUUUGCGGUUAUCCUCUUUGCCAAAAUACACUGUCGGUGAAAGACAUACCCAAACAAAAGUACCGAAUAUCAUUAAAAACGAAUAAAGUAUAUGACAUCACAGAUCGUAAAAACUUCUGCAGUAAUAGUUGUUAUAAGUCUGCUACACAUAUAAAGAAACAAUUGCUAACAAGCCCUCUUUGGUUUAGAGAAUAUGAAGAGAUACCCAAAUUCUACUUACUGCCAUUAGACAAGACUGGUACUCUUGGCCAAGAAGUGGAUGUGGCUUUAGUAGAAAAAAUAAAAGUGGAAAAACCCCAGUUUUCAUCUAUCAAUGAUUUUGCAACUGCUAGUCUAAAAGAAAUGACAAAUACACAGGUUGGUCAAGAAAAUAAUAAAUGUGAAAAUGAAAAUAAUAAAUAUUGUACAGAAUCCAAUGAAGUAGCAUGUGAUUCUAACAUAAAUAACAACACAGAUAAAGUUGAAUCAAUUAUUAAAAAUACAGUUAAUCAUAAUUCUCAACACGAAAACGUGCUAACUCAAGAAGAGCACAAUACAAGUUCCAAGGAAGGUUCUAAUAAAGAAGCUACUAAAAAACCAAUUAAAAAACAUUCAAAUCCAUUUAAUAUAGUAGGAGAAAUUCUUGAAAAACCAGAGAAAGAGAUUGAUCCUAUACUGACUCAAAUACCUGAUGUAAUACCGGCACCCAGUGUUACACAAAAUAAAAAGCAUCAUAAAAAUAUGCAACAGAAAAAACAGCCUGCAGUUACUGUCUUGACAAUCCAAGUUGAGAAAUGUCUUGCAGAAUGGUUUACAUUGGAUACCAUGUUACUAUUAUUUGGGGAAGAAAAAGUUAAAGAAAUAGUCAAAGACAAAGGAGAAUGUAUAAAGGAGUAUUUAAAUAAUUAUUCUAGCAGCAUAGCAUACAAUUCAAAUACAUAUGAUCAAUAUCAAGCACUUUGCCGCAAAUUGAACAUGCUAGAGUUAGAAGAUAGAAAGUUUGAUGCUCAAACAUUACAGAGAGAGACAAAACCUCUUCCAGAUUAUUCCAUUCUACAGAAGGAAAGUAAAAAAAUUCAGUUAAAAGUGAAAGCAUUCUUUGCAGGUGAAAUGGAAAUACCUGAUGUUGCUGAAACUGUAGACAAUCCUUCUCCCAUAGACAAUAAUGAAAAUUUCACACAAUUGCCAUUAAUAGAUAAAAAUGCACAGAAUGCAUUACGAAGACGAAUUGUAUGUGAACAUUUGAAUAAAGCACUGCCUGAUUUACUCCAGUCACUAGGCAUGUCAAGCCUAUCAAUUAGUGCUGAUGUUCGUCUACUUGUAAACACAUUUAAAUUGAAAGCAAAUAACAUAAUGUUUAAACCAAUUCAGUGGACUUUAAUUGUUAUUAUAGUAAUAAAAUUGUUGUCUCUGAGAGACAGAAGACUUGCUUACUUGUUGGAGCAACCAACAGCAUAUCAACACCUACAACUGUUGCUUCUUAGUUUUAAACAAGAUGGUGGUUAUUUGGAUCGUCUUAUAUCGUGGCUAACAGACAUUGAUAGACUUUUAGACACUAAUGAUAUUCAACUAACAAUUGAGUGAUUGUUAAUAGUAUUAUUAAACCUCCACCCAUGUGAUAUUAUAGAUUUAUUUAUAGCUAUAGAUAAUUAAUAUUAUAUUAUUGAUUUUUAUAUA